GGGGAUCAAAUGCUUUUUUCCCUCACUGUAUCAUAUCAAAUAUGGGUUAGCAUUAAUUUGGCUAAAUUCAAGCUCUGAAAAUUCAACAUAUUGGUUCAGAUGACAAUCUCAAAGCAGAGCACAUGGGAAUUUGCGACCCUUACAGUGGACGGGACAAAACGGGCACUUGGUUUCUCUUCAUUGACACAAGGUUUACACUGCUCUGCGAGAUUACGAUGCUGAAAGCACAAUGUAAUACAUCAGGGAAAAUGCCCCCCAUAGAAUAAAAGACAUUCAUGACGCAGUGACGUGAACUAUAACCUUGAGUGGCACGAGGAACGAGACUAAAAGUUCUUCCAGGCGUUAAUGAAACCCUUGGGACAUCGACGAUGAUGACGACGGACAAAGUGUAUUGCACUUUAAACAGACCGUGCGGGGAAAUAACACAGGUUCAUGAAGGCCGUACAUUUUAUGUUUUUAUGUCAGGACACAGACUUCUCGUACAGCCUUUAUUAAACUCAACCGAUCUCUGACAAGACACGGCUAUGCCAGUGCGUCAGAGUGGUAAUAUGAUAAGUGAAUGAAAGAUAAACAACCACAUUAGUUGAUGGACUGGUUUAGGUCUCAACCCACAUCUCACCUCACGGGCACCUGGCUUCACAAGCCCAAUAUAAGGGGCAGUUAGGAAGCUGUGAGAUAUACGCCAACGGCAAGAACACCUAAUACUUCACGUCCUUAAAGCUCACCGUCAAGUUAUGUCAUUCUACAGUGCAUUCGUGAACAUCAUAAUAAUUAUUAUUAUUCUUUUGACAACGCUAUUUAAACGUUCGGUAUGUGUUAUAUAAGCCACAUUCUGCUGAUGAGACUCAGAGAGUCAAAAUCGGUCGGUAUGUGUUAUAUAAGCCACAUUCUGCUGAUGAGACUCAGAGAGUCAAAAUCGGUCCAUAGCUUUGCCCGCUCAAACGAAUGUUUCUGGAAAACAGAUCUGGAAGGCCAAUAAACGUAUCAGCAACAGUCGGUAUGUCCACUGCUUAAUGAAGGAAUCCCCAUAUGAUCACCAUCCCUUACGGUCCAGUGCUGCAAGCCAUCCAUCUCACAGCCGCACAUUAACUGAUCCCAUAGCGCCAUCUCUACUGUGGACGUCCUAUGUGACACGUUCUCUCCAAUAGCUGCCAUUCCAUCAAUCUGUCUCGGCCAUCCUAACGAGGGGACACGUUGGUCCAGCGGUGGGUGCUGUGAUGCCAGACGGACAGCCAGGGUCGGAUUAAAGUUGUUUAGCUGUGGCAAAGCCAUGAACGAUGUUAUCGUAAGACAAACAAGUUCAAUAAAAGUGUGUAGAAAUACCGAUGGCCACGCUACUGUCGCUCAGUUGUAACAGCAACAUAGAAUGGAGGGCCUUGAGGAGGGCCUACAAAACUAGGCCCUAUGGAUGAAUCCAGUGUUCUUCACUAAUUUUCAGAGGGGCGGGACACUUUCGCCUAUAAUGCAUCAGUGUGAGGGCCGCCACACGUUUGAAACCAUUGGGUUUGACAGCAGCACGAUGUAUGUGUGUGGUCUCCAAUCCAUGUGUUCCUGUUCAUGUGCAGGUUAAUAUAUUUGUGCCAAUAAUAUACAGCGCCUGUGUAUAUUUCCUUCACAAUUGUCUUGCUUUGAAGCACUGUCGUUCCGACAGUUCUGUUCCUUCACCUGAAGAAGGCUACUUGUGUUGUGGCCGAAACGUCGUGAGAAUUUUAUUGUCUUAUUUUGUUUUAUUGUUUUAUUCUCAUUCUACGUGACUUUACCGAAAGAACCAAGAAGAUUAAACAGCACUUUUUUUUACCCUAGAUGGGCAGGCCCACUUGCAAUUUGAGUCUUCAGUGCACUCUCCAUUGUUUUCACUGUAACACAGGCGUUUACACAUCCCCAUCACCUGCUCCAUCCGUUGGCACUUUCAUUCAUCCUGUUGAGUUCGAGUGGAGCCGACUAGAGCGGUGCGUGUGGUGUAGGAGGGACGCCAAACGAGGUAACCGCAUGGCAUGGAUUGUGAGUUUUAACAAAGGCAGAUAUUGUAGAGGGGUUGCUCUCGCACAAACACACCACGCGUGUGAAUGUUGGUCUACGUGUCUAUCUGUACAUGUACUUGUGUGUAUGUAAAAUUCCACUGAUGUUGACCGUGGCUGGAAAUCGAACACAGGUCGCCGUGUACGAUUCCCGGGCCAAGGCCAACAUCAGUGACAAAUAUCUGAACCGGUCCUGUGACUCCCCCAGAUCAGCGCCGAGCCUUAAACGAGUAAGCUGCUGCUGCUGCAAUGUGUGAACAUCAGCACUGGGGAGACAAAAGUGGCCGUGCGUGGUGCUGACUACGCCACAUCCUGAUCUGUAUAAGUACUCGCUAAAAGCACCCGUCCCAACAGACGCUGUAGACGAUACCGGUGGGGACCUUUUGUGGGAUCUUUGUCUGUGUGUCUAAGUGUCAAUCAUUGAUCUUAAUGUAGGAACAGGUUAGAGUUAACUAGAGCAACAGUAGGCCUCUUUCCAGGUCGGUAUGACCUGUGCUUGUUUAUUUGGCGAAUGUGUAGUUGCAGCUAUGUUCAUACAUUUCAUGUACUGCGAUGCAGUAUGGACAUAUGUGCCAGGCUAAGUGUUUGUUUGUGUAUAUUGUACACAUUGUGUAACAAGUGUGUAUUGGGCGUUGUGUAUAUUUGUCAAUGUGUGUAGCUCUGUGCACGAGUGUGUAUGUCAUGUACAUGUGUGUACAGAUGUCUACGUGUAUAAAACAACUUGUCAAUGUAUACAUACAAGUGAGUGGACAAAUUUAGAUGUAUGUUGAACUUCUAUUGCACCGUAGGUAGCCAAUCGUGCUAAUCGGAGGUGCGGGGGAAGGGCCACAAACUAAACCCACGCAAACAAAACAUCUGCUAAUCCAGCCGACUUUGUUUUGCAAGCCUGACUCUGCUGAUGAGACCGAGAAAGGUCGAGACCGGUCCCGAGUAUUAACAGUCUGGCAGGUGAAAUGUUCGCAAAAGACAAAACUGCAGCUACGACAAUUUUUAUUGCAUCGCUGACACCAAACCUGGAUAGUGCUUGGUCGGGUGACCACCAUGUAAAAACAGCAUGUGUUUUCGGCUUCUGCGUGGCUACAUUGUGCGGAUAAGUCUAUUGUUGAAACUGUACUGUGCUCCCAACAUUUAUGGUCCUCGCCGUCACGAACCUGCACUGACCGGUUCGAUUAAGUGUGUGGGGUAGGAGGUUCAACAAUCGUAGUUGGUUGCUUCCUCUGUUGACAUGUGCGGCCAUGUGCACGCGUGAAAUGCACUUUGACCGCGUAACUUUAAAUAACUUCCAGGGCCAAAGUGUCUCAACGUGCACGGCAAAGUCGCCGCCGCCGGCAGCGCUCAAAGUGGGGCCCCGCAGGUAGGAACGGUCCUCUUACCUUCUUCCACUCCAGAACCACCGCGCUACGAGAUGCCGACGCUGCGGGGCUACGCGUGGCAGCUGCCGACGCUGCUACUGCCGCUGCUGCUGCUGCUGCCACCUUCGCCGUGGUCUCCCUCCGCCACCGCGGAGGCGGCGCGAAUCCUCGCGGUGCCCGUGGACGGCAGCCACUGGAUGGGCAUGAAGACGCUGCUGCUGGAGCUGACCCGGCGCGGGCACAGCAUCACCGUCCUGCGCAGCAGCACGACUCUGUUCGUGGACGAGACAUCCGACGACUUCCACAUCGAGAACGUGCAGAUUCCGGCCAAGACGGUGAUCACUCGCGAGGAGGGCUUGGCAAUGGCCGAGCGCUGGAUCCUGGACGUCGCCUUCGCUCCGCCGAGCUCGUUUUUCAGCACCGUCUCCUCCACGCUGGCGAUGGCACGGGCGAUGGCCGGCAUGGCGUCCGACAUGGCGGUGGCCAUCGAGCAGACGCUGGGCGACGGCGCGCUCAUGUCGCGGCUGCGGGACGCGCGGUUCGACGCCGUUCUCGCCGACACGUUCUACCCCGGCGGGCCCAUGGUGGCACGUGCACUCGGCCUCCCCGUCGCGCUGCUGGGCCGCUGGGAGGUGGGCGGCGACGUGCACCUGCAGCUGGCGCCUGCGCCGCUCUCUUACGUGCCGGCGCUCGACUCGCGCUACAGCGACCACAUGGGAUUCGCGCAGCGCCUCGACAACUUCAUCAGGUACUGGAGCGCGUACGUGCUCAACCGCGCGCUCGUCUUCCCCACGUUCGACCGCCUGUGCGAGCGCCACCUGGGUGCCGACGUCUCCUACGAGCAGCUGUACCAGCGCGCCGACGUCGUGCUGCUCAAGAUCGACUUCGUGCUCGAGUACCCGCGCCCCACCAUGCCCAACUUCGUGUACGUGGGCGGCCUCCAGUGCCAGGAGGCGCGGCCGCUCGCCGGCGAGCUGGCGGCGCUGUACGCCGGCGCGGGUCCGCACGGCGUGGUGGUGGCGUCGUUCGGCUCGCUCGUCUCCUCGCUGCCGCCGCGCGUCGCCGAGGAGGUGGCCCGAGCGUUCGCCCGCCUGCCGCAGAAGGUGGCGUGGCGCCACGCGGGACCGCGGCCGCUCGGGCUCGGCGACAACACGCUGCUGCUGCCGUGGCUGCCGCAGAACGACCUGCUGGCGCACGGCGCCACGCGGGCCUUCGUGUCGCACGGCGGCGAGGGCGGCGUCUACGAGGCCAUCCGCCACGGCGUCCCGCUGCUCGGCAUGCCCAUGUACGGUGACCAGCACGACAACGUGGCGCGGCUGGUGGAGCGCGGUGCUGCGCUGUCGCUCGGCGGGCGGCUGCACGCACUGACGAGCGACGAGUUCCUGGCGCCGCUGCGGCGGCUGCUGGACGAGCCGCGGUUUGGCGAGGCGAUGCGCCGGCUGUCCCUCCUGCACCGCGACACGCCGGUGCCGCCGCUGGACCUCGCCACGUUCUGGGUGGAGUUCCUGGCGAGGAACGGCGGGGCGUCGCACCUGCGCGUCGCCGGCCUCGAGAUGCCCACGUACCGCAGGUGCUCGCUGGAUGUGGCGCUGGCGCUGCUGCUGGCGCUCGUGGCGGCGGUUGCAGUUGGCGCCUUGAUGUUGGUGCGGGUCAAGAGGUGGCUUUGUCAGUCGGAUGAGAGGCCGAAGAGGGAGUGAGCGAGCGAGUGGUAGAGGUGGUUGUGAUGGAUGUCGAACAGCUGUCUGCGCGUAGAAAACCGUGCUAAUCGGUGCAGGGGAAAGGACAACAAACUACAAUCUAGAGAUUACGAUGGUAUUGGUGUUGAUUAUGAUUGUGAUAAUACUGAUUGGAGUGAUGAUUUUUUUUUGUUUGUUAUCGAGUUCUUCACUGAAACUAACGCCUCUGUCCAGAUUCGUCAACAGCGGGUCACACCGUGGCAGACAACACGAGACGUGUGCGGAGCAUCUUCAUUAAAAAAAAAACAAUAACACAUGUACGUACACGGGCGGCCAAUAUCGACUCCGGCCAGGAGGUGGCUGGCAGGGCUCUUGAGUCGAGAACCUUGCAUCCACGACCAUCCGUGUGUAUAACUGGUCUCUGAUGCAGACCUGCGCAGUGCGGUGAUAUACACACAUACCGUUGCCACUUUUGCAAAUAAAUGUGGUGCCGCCCAUCUGAAGCCCCUUCA